AGUACUGAGAUCGAUAAGAAAGUCAGAAUAAAAAGUGGUUUUGAAUAUGAAGUAGGCAGGUUAGCUUACAUUAUUAUGAUGAACCCUGAAGCCUCCUAUAUUUGUCAUAAAACGAAUGGACAAUACUAGAUCUACUACAAUUGAUAUAUGAUAAUGAGAAUGUAUUUUUCAUAUGUAAAUAUCAGCCUUUGGUAACGUUGAAUAUUUCUCAGUCUUAACAAUGUAGUGCGCAUCAAUUUCAAAAUUUAUAAAAUGAUCGGUCCUCAAAGGGGAAUCCCUUGCCUAUCACAUGACCAAUAUGACGUCAUCCAGGAAAUCCUCCAUUUUUAUUUUGUUAAAAAGUUUAUUUCUUCCGUUUGACUAGUUUAUGUGAUAAGUACAGCUACUGUGUGCGAUAAAUAGUUAUGAUAUGAACAUAAUUAUAAUGAUGCAUUAAUAGUGAUAGUGAAGACGAAGCAACUGAAUCGUCACCCCUGAUGAGUGGAUCGGCAGUUCCAGAUGGGGCGGGGCUUGAUGCUGCAAGAAGAAAUGAGCACCCUGAGACAGACAGAUCUACUUCUUCACGUGAACGAGGCACCAGAACUGAGGCAGAUGGCAGCACUCGUACUGAAUCAACACGUCGUCCUCGGGCAGGUACAGAGGAGGAAGAUGAAGAGGAAACAUUGGUAUAUGGAGCAAAACAUGUCAUCAUGCUGUUCAUCCCUGUUACAUUGUGUAUGCUUGUUGUCGUAGCAACCAUCAGUUCCAUCACUUUUUAUACAGAAAGAUCAGGAUAUUUAAUCUAUACUCCUUUUCAUGAAGAAACCACAGAUACAGGCACGAAAGUAUGGCAGUCCAUUGCAAAUGCCAUGAUCCUCCUUGGGGCCAUUGUUGUCAUGACAAUAUUUCUUAUACUGCUCUAUAAAUAUAGAUGUUAUAAGUUCAUCCAUGGUUGGCUGAUCUUUGCCUCUUUGCUCCUGCUUUUCUUCUUCUCUUAUAUUUACCUAGGUGAGGUGCUCAGGGCAUAUAACGUCCCUAUGGACUACAUUACCAUAGCAAUCGUCAUGUGGAAUUUUGGUGUUGUUGGUAUGGUGUGCAUACAUUGGCGUGGACCACUCCUGUUACAGCAAGCAUACCUUAUAGUGGUCAGUGCUUUGAUGGCACUGGUCUUUAUUAAAUAUUUGCCUGAUUGGACCACAUGGGUUGUACUGGCUGUUAUUUCUAUAUGGGAUUUGGUAGCUGUGCUUUGCCCUAAGGGACCUCUCAGGAUAUUGGUAGAAACUGCCCAAGAGAGAAAUGAACCAAUUUUCCCUUCACUUAUUUAUUCAUCCACAAUGAUCUGGCUGGUAAAUAUGGCCGACACCCCCGAUACAGCAACAAGCAAUACAGAUGGGAAAUCAAAGAAGAAGAGCAAACGUAAACGAGCAGCUGAUCAGGCUGAAACAACAGAUGACGCAUAUGAUGGCACUGGAGAGAACCACCAGGCGGCAGUUCGAGAUGACGGAGCAGCAGAGGGAGGAUUCUCCAAUUGGUCUCAAGAUGAAGCCGCGGUGAGGAUCCGUGAUCGUCAGGAGAGACUGUCUGAGUCAGAGAGAGCGAGGCAUGCUGCAGAGACCCUUGGGAGGGAACAAAGCAAUAGAGAGGCAGAGUCGGAGGAGGAAGAAGAAAGGGGUGUAAAAUUAGGACUUGGAGACUUUAU